CGAAAGUUCAAAACUAAUUAAUUUUUUAGCCCAACUAAAUAUUAUACUCCAACUUCAACAGCAUAAUAUAUUUACGAGGCAGGCUUUCACUUUUAGGGUUUCAGCCUGUGCCUUUGAAUUCUAUAGUGUUCUCCACUUCUCCUGCUCGGCCGCCAAGCCCCAGCUCAACUCUUCGUAACAAUGGUGACCGCGAAGAAGACUAAGAAGACUCAUGAGAGCAUCAACAACAGAUUGGCUCUGGUGAUGAAGAGCGGGAAAUACACGCUUGGUUACAAGACCGUGCUCAAAACUCUCCGCAGCUCCAAAGGUAAAUUGAUACUGAUCUCGAACAACUGCCCGCCGUUGAGGAAAUCGGAGAUUGAGUAUUAUGCCAUGCUCGCCAAAAUUGGAGUUCACCACUACAAUGGAAAUAAUGUCGAUUUGGGCACAGCUUGUGGAAAAUACUUCCGCGUUUCAUGCCUCAGCAUUGUUGAUCCAGGUGACUCGGACAUCAUCAAGUCGUUACCCAGUGAACAUUGAGAAGAGUAUGUGUUGUAUUUGCCUUUUCUAUUUCUUGUUAUGCUUUCUAUUUCAAUUUGUAGAACAUUUGGGAAUCGCUAUAAAGUUUUUUGACCGUGGAA